GAUGAUACCAAUUCUCCAUCUUCAGAGAAUGAGGAACCUCUCUAUGGGACGGAUGGAGUAUUCAUUUUAAUAACCAACAAUUUUCAGAAAAAACCCAUUGACGGAGAAAAAGGAGAGGCGGAUUGAAUUGCCUAUAAGGUUUGCCAUCGGGUUUAAAAAAACGAAUGAAGAAAGAAAAGGAAGAAGAGAGGUGGCUGGUGGCAUUACAUGAGCUACUCGGGAACCACUCGAAUGCCGCCACUAAGAGGCGGCAGUUCACCAAGAGAAAACCCAAAGAGGGCGGCGACCUAAUCAAUAACGGGAAUAAAAAGAGACAUAUGGUUCUAGAAAACUAUAUCAAAUACAAAUACUUCACCGGCCUCACUCUUGCGCCGCCCAGUUCAGCCCAACAGAACAACAUUGACACCCAUGGUGCCAUGGUGGUAAUAACCAGCAGUCUUCGUCGACGGCGAUAUUCCCGGCCGGCGAGAAGAAUGAACACCGUGAGUGGCCAUCGCUCUUGGCCGAAUCCUACGACGAGGAAAUGAGCUUUAUGGCAAACCUCUUUGGAGCCUCGUCGUCUUCCGCACCAACGACGUAAAUGGUAGUGGCGAACAACAAAAGUGUACCCCAAAACAUAAAUAAGGAGGAUGGGUUGGAGGCGGAAGGCAGCUGGAGCAGCUACUUGGCGUCUGAUUAGAGCUUCCAAUUCUAAAAUGAACUAAUGAAGUAUUCAAAAACUGUUUUCAUAUUGUAAUGUAACAUGCAUGCAUGACUUUAGUUUUUGUAAUUAUUAAGUGUCAUAGUUUAAACUAUGUUUAAAAUAUUAAUUUAAUUGAGUCUUGAGGGAUCUAAGUAUAAUAUCUAUGCCGGAUGGUG